AUGGCCAGAGUUUUUCAUGUCUACAACUAUGAGCAAGUGGCCAGAAAAGAGACCUUUGUACGUGGCACAGGACGGUUUGUGAUCAGUGAUGACAUGACAAUCAAGCCAGCAUCUACAGGAGUCAUACAGUCGCUGCCUCAAGCGUUCGGUUCUAAUGGAAUCGCCCAUGGCUUUGAGGAGCUGGAAGUGACCGUCAGCUGGCUCACUGUUUCAUCCAUGCUGAAGGCCUUCCUUUCAUCAGAUACCGUGCUCAGUGAUGCAUUCCUAACAAAUGAACCUGAUGGCAAGGCUGCUCAUGCUACCGCGAAACCGAGCAUCGAUCGGAAAAUUCCACCGUCCGAUCAAGAUUCCGUAGGUUCUUUCCCAGAAAGCAAGAUCAAGAUUUUCUAUGACACAUAUAAAAAGAAGGUCAUGUAUGCUGAAUGCAACCGUGAGUUCGUGGACCUGCUCAUGGGUUUCUUGACUUACCCUGCGAGCUGCGUGAUCAAGCACACAGGAGCUGUCACUUGCCAUCUUGGCAGGUGCUUCACAAAUCUCUAUAGCAGCGUUGUCGAUCUCGCCAAUGCUGGGUGCUUCACAGGUGGCCUCCCUGGUGUGAUGUUACUGGAUCCAAGCAUUAUGCCGUUUGACAUUUUGAGCAACAUCUUGUCCGACCGGUGCCGGCCGCUUGACUGUCGGUGUCGGAAGGACACGAUGCCAGAGCUAGCACGCUACUGCUUCCACCCUGAGAUUGUCGAGGACCGAAAGUACGUCGUAGGCGAUGAUCUGCUUAUACAUCAGGCAACUGCCAUGUCUGUGAUGAAGUAUUGGUCUGGGAGGAACAAGGCUAUGGUACUGGAGACUGACAUUACCGUAGGGAAGCAGGAGGCUGUUGCGUUGCUGCGAGCCGCGCUAAUAACUUCGAAGAAUGCACUGACCGAAGUGUUCAUAGAUAGGCUGGAGGCACAGUCGUCCACCAUGCCGAAGAUGCCCCGCUACGGAUUUUCGAGUGUUUCAGAUAGACGACUUGCUGUUGGGCCGGCCCAGGAUACUGGGCAUGGAGAGAUCUUCUCCGUUAAUGUGUUUAGGGGGAAUUAUAUCGAAGCGGAAGUGAUCUUUGCCAGGGUCCCCGGGGGGCGGAUCAUAACCGUGGAGAUUGCGAGGUCCGACACCAUUGCGAUUGUCAAGGGUAGGAUCAAGGAUAGGGUGUCUAUUCCUGAGGGGUUUCGUCAUGAAUUGGUCUACGGUAGCAGAUAUCUUAAAGACUCGCGCACAGUUGCCGAUUAA